AUGAGCAUUACUGAGAGCGUUGCGAACUUCAGUGCGAGGGCACAGAAGUUGGGGCUUUCAGAUGAGGUGCUGCAACUCGUCAUUGACGGCGGUGUUGACACGCUCGCCAAGUUUGCAUAUGUCAGCAGUUUCAUCCCUGGCCAGAGCGACGAGACCCCCUUCGUUACAGCUUUGAAGGCGUUGCUUAAGAGGGAUGCCACCGUAGGCGAGUUGUCAGUCUUUCGACGACUUCAUUCUGAGUCGUAUGCCUUGGUAGCCGCUGAACUUAAGUCCCAGGUUGAACGGACCACUGAUGCACCGGCACGCAGCCUCGCUGCUCCCGACCGAGCUGACCGCUUGGCUCGCCAGGUGCGCAAGUAUCCAGGACUGACCAUAGCUGGGCCCAAUGAGCCCAGUGACAGGUCGGUGGACAGAUGUUGUCAGAUGUACGAAAAUAACCGAUUGAGCUACAUGCCUCUCAGCUGGUGCAUGAGCAAGGACGAUGAGACUCGCAAUUCCCGUGACAAGGAGGAUCGCACACUCACUGUUGACAACAGUGAAUGCCGACAUACGGGGUAUCGUGAGGUGCCGACUGGGUAUACCAGGGUCAGCAUUCAGCAAGUGUUGCAGGCGGACAAACAGCUUUUUGUCGUUGCAGCCAAUGAGUGUCGCGGCGGUGUUCAGGUUGCCGCUGCUGGUAGGCCCCAGGCUUUGAACGACCGGCUCCUUAUCGGACCAAUCGCGGGCGGGGCGGUUGAUGAGCACGUUGACGGGGUGGCUUGUGAAGUCGAGUCCAUCAGCGAUGAAAGUGUUCUUCACGAAUUUGAGGGCUCGGUUGAGGACCGGGCCUAUGAACUGUUACAGCAGGACUGUUUGGUGUCACAAUCUGACUUGGCAGCUAUCUUUUCUUCUUUGCCACAUGAAACACCUGUGCGGGCCAGUGGGGGUGACUGCGCGUCAUUUUCAUCAGGGGCCUUUUGCAGGGUCAAGGUGGGGUUGCGGACUAACACGUCCAAAUUCCCUCGAGUCAGCCAGCUGGCGGCUCGCUUCGUAAGACAACAAAUACCGAACUUUCGGUUCACCAGCAUUGUACUGUUCCGUGAUGUCAAGACUGAGCCACAUGUCGAUGCUCAGAACUCCUUCCUGCCUAAUGCUGUCUGCGCCCUGACUGACUUCAAGGAUGGUCAGGUCUGGGUAGAGAAGGAGGGCGGCGACAGUGUGUUUGAAGUCGAUGGCAAUUUGCGGCGUGGCGUUGAUCUCAGCCUCGCCGGGUCACACGCCGUCUUCUCUGCUCGGCGUCUUGUGCAUGCCACUAGACAGUGGUCUGGUAGCCGUCUUGUGUUGGUAGCGUUCUUUAUUUCGGCCUUGCAUGAACUGAGCGCUGAUCACUUGGAGACCCUGCGCCAGCUUGAAUUUCAGGUACCAUCCCAAGCCGAAGUCUUGCGUGCGGCACAAACACCGCCUGUUUGUUAUAACGUGCCCGUGGUUUGUGACGCUGCGGCCACUGCAACUGAUGAGUUUCCUAAAGCAGGUCAAGCGCUGCCAUCGACUGUGCCGAUGCAAGUUGAUUCGCAGGGUUCUGGUUUGGGUAGCAAGGGGUCGUCAGGACAGAAACCACGUGAACCAGGCCUCAUGCUUGAAUUGUUCGCCAGGGCCGGGGCGUUGUCGCGGUCUUUUCAUCAACUUGGCUUCGAGGUCUUGCCAGUCGACAAAGGUGCUCACCGUUUACCGUUGUCAAAAUUGUGCUCCUUGGAUCUUGCGGUCAACAGUUCCUGGCAGUACUUGGCUCACGUACUUGAUCAGUUCCCGGUGCGGUACAUCCAUGUGGAGUUGCCGUAUGCUACCUUCGGUCCCAAACAAGGCAUGCGCAAACUUGUUUCAGGAAACCCCGUGCAUUCUGAGAGUGAUGACAUCUUGCUUGGGCAAAGGUUGGCGUUGGCUGACUCUCUCGUGGCCCAUGUGGCUGCAUUCCUACAACUUGCAACGUCGAAGGGCAUCUUAUGGACAUUGGAACACCCCCACUCCAGUUUCUUGUGGAGCAUGCCCAGCAUUCGCCGUUUGCAGAGCGAUGCAACCACCUCUGUAGUGUACGACUUGUGCAAUUUUGGCACCCCUCAUCGCCUGAGGCGCCAGUUCCUCACGUCAUGUGAGGGCCUUGCUUCUUUGAACCAAGUAUGCCAUGGCAAUCACGUGCAUUUGCCCGUCACUUCAGGUGUGGAUUCUCAUCCUCGCUCGCUGUGCCAACUCGUUGCCACCGCCGUGGCUAAGCAGUUGGGUGUGGAUGCGGAGGCUCCUGGUGUUCAGACUUCGCCGCCUCCUGUAGCGCAACAGCGUCGCGGCAAAGCACCGGCCAAUCUCAUUCCUGAGUUUGGUCUUGUGAAGCAGUGUGUUGCGGCCUCCGUGCCCGAAGUUGAUCAUAAAAGGCCACAGGAGAGGACCGCUGCGGAGUUUGCGAAAGCGUGCAAGUUCAUUCGCCCGGCCCUCCUUGGUAAAGUCAGGUCGGGUGGUGUCAAUGAACAUUCGGACGAGCUAUGGCAGAAGACAUUGGCCGAGGUGCGCGAGGGCUUCCUGGAGGGCCCCCUCACUGAAGCUGAGUUGGAGCUCCGGUACGGGGAUCGGUGGGCACCUGUGCGACGCUUCGCAGUCAUUCAGUCUUCGAAUGGCCGUCGCAAACUUAGACCGAUAGAUGACUAUUCCGAAAAUUUGGUUAACGGGUCUUUCUCGUACGGUGACAAGCUUGACUUGCGGGCGCUAGAUGAGAUCAUCGCCAUUUGCAGGUUUUGGAUUCGUGCGCACACUUCCCAGCAUCAGUUCUUUCUUGACAUGGAGGUCGGCCCCCCGUUGGUCGGUCGCGUUCAUCCUGCUUGGAAGGGAGACUCGUGGCUCCCAAAGUUGUGCACCUUCGACUUGCACAAUGCCUACCGACAGUUUGCACUGGAUCCUGACAGUCGCGCCUUCUCGGUCGUGGCGCUGCUCGAUCCGAGCAGUGCGGAGAUCGGACUCUUCGAAGGAAAGGCGCUGCCUUUUGGCAGUACUGCUUCUGUCGUGCACUUUAACCGUUUGGCUAGGCUCUUUUGGCGAGUAGGGCUUGAGGUUCACUUGUUUUGGGCUAACUUUGUGGACGAUUACCCGGUAAUGAGUCCCGAGUGCCUGGCCAAGUCAUCCAUGGACACCCUGUUAAUCUUGUCUUCGUUGCUUGGCUUUUCGGCGUCGGUUGAUAAGCUUAAUCCCUUCUCUCAUGUCGCCACGAUGUUGGGAGUUGAGGUGGACUUAGGCUCCGCCGAAGAAGGAGUCAUCCGCAUCAAAAACAAGGAGGGUCGCUCCAGCGAUGUGUGCGAGGUCAUUCGUGCAUGCAUCGCCGAUGGGUGCAUUAAGCUUCGUGACUUCGCAAGGGUGGCAGGCAGAGUGCAGUUCUCUGAUGCACAGGUGAUGGGCCGAGCUGGCAAGUUGGCCUUGUCCGAGCUACGGGCCGCAUCCAUGAGCCAUGCCACUAGGUUCCCCUUAGGCCCUAAGGAGGUGUGCGCCUUUGAGUUCUUAGUGAACCGCUUGUCCUUCGGCGCCCCUCGUGUAGUCCCUUGUUUGGUUGCCCCUAAACCUGUUCUGAUCUUCACUGACGGUGCCAGCGAGACCACCGGCCACACCGUCGGGGGAGUCCUGUAUCUCCCUGGCGAUGAGCAGCCUCGAUUCUUUGGUUGCGAGGUCCCGUCGGCCCUGACGCGCCAGUGGUCUCAACACUUGAAGCACAUCAUCGGGCCCGUGGAGGCAUACGCGCUUGCAGUGGCGCGAAAGGUCUUCCACAACUAUGUGUCGGGAAAAUUUUGCAUUUUCUUCGUGGAUAAUGAUGCAGUGCUGAUGAGCUUCAUUCGCGGCAACUCGAAGAGUGAGGUCUUUCGUGAUCUGCUCCUCUCUUGGGAGUCUUGCGAGAAAAACGGCCAUUCGUGGUCGUACUGGGCUCGAGUGCCCUCGGCGUCAAAUCCUUCUGAUGACCCCUCGCGUGGUAAGGUGCUUCAGCUUCUUGAGUCGGGAUCUAUAAGGGUCAAGUGCACUUGUCCACUUUCAGGGGUGGCUUUACGAGACUUGUAG